CACAGAUAGCAGAGUUGUGUUAGGCUACAUUGGUAAUAGGACUCGAAGAUUUUACACCUAUGUAAGCAACCGAGUUGAUCGUAUUCUACGAAUAUCUAAUGCCAAUCAAUGGAACUUCAUUUCCAGUGAAAAGAAUCCUGCAGAUUCUUGUACAAGAUGCAACACUAACGUGAUCAACAUUAUGCGGUUACCAUGGAUUACUGGUCCACAAUGGUUGUGUGAUGUGACGGAAAUGAAACCUACACAGUUUCCACUUGUUGAACCUGAUAGUGACAGAGAAGUCCGUCCAAUCGAUAGACCUGUAAUAUGUUCACAAACUGAUGUUACCAUUACAACAACAGGAUCUGAUCUGAUUACCAAGAAAUUUGAUCGAUUUGAUCGUUGGAGUUGUCUCAUUAUGGUCAUUGCUUGUCUCAAGCGAGUUUGCCGCAGGUUUAGAGCUUGUCGUGACCAGAAACCUAUGCAACUUACCCGUCAUGAUGAAAUUCGUGAAGUAGAGACCUUUGUCCUAAAACAGAUUCAACAAGAAUUCUUCUCUAAAGAGAUAAACAGUUUAAAGUCUGGAAAACCUUUGAACAAAGACACAAGUAUAUCCACACUUGCACCAUUCUUAGAUGAAAAUGGACUAAUGUGUGUUGGUGGGAGAUUGAACAAAGCUGCUGGAUUUUUACCAUCAAAGGAAAUCAAUCCAAUUAUUCUUCCCAAGAACAGUCAUAUCUCUGUUCUUUUGAUACGUCAUUUUCACGAGCAAGUCAAACAUCAGGGGAGAUUAUUCACUGAAGGUGCACUUCGUACGGCAGGUUAUUGGAUCCUGGGAGGCAAGCGCAUGAUUUCAUCUUUCAUUCACACUUGCGUGACUUGUCGAAAACUUCGCCGUGGCCUCGAAACACAGAUGAUGGCAGACUUACCAGAGGACAGGAUCACACCAGGCCCAGCUUUCACAUCUGUUGGAAUUGAUGUCUUCGGACCAUGGGAAGUCUGUACCCGCAGAACUAGAGGAGGAGCUGCAAACAGCAAGAGAUGGGGACUGAUGUUUACCUGUUUAACAUCAAGAGCAGCUCACAUAGAGGUUAUUGAAGAGAUGUCGAGUUCAUGUUUUAUAAAUGCACUGCGUAGAUUUCUAUCACUCCAUGGCCCAGUGAAGAUAAUAAGAUCUGACCGAGGCACCAAUUUCAUUGGAGCUGCUGAGGAAAUGAGAGUGAACACGAUAAAAGUAGAAGAGGGACCAGUUCAACAGUUCCUGGACAAAUCCUACAUCACCUGGAUUUUCAAUGUCCCACAUUCCUCCCAUAUGGGUGGUGUCUGGGAGCGAGUCAUAGGAAUGACAAGGAAAAUCCUCGAUUCAAUGCUUUUGGAAUCUAGUGGUAAACCUCUAACACAUGAGACAUUAGCAACAUUAUUAUGUGAAGUUUGUGCCAUCAUAAACUCUAGACCUAUAGCACCGAUACCUUCGGAUCCAAAUGACCCAAUGAUUCUUACACCAACUAUGAUUCUCACCGGAAAAGUUGAUUUCCUACCAGUCGUGUCUGAUUCACUCAGUCUACAAGACGUUUACAGAGCGCAAUGGAAACGUGUCCAAAUCCUUGCAGAUAUUUUCUGGAAUCAGUGGCGUAAGCAGUAUCUAUCUAUCCUACAAAGUAGACGUAAGUGGAAAAGCAAAACCAGAAACGUUAAAGAAGAUUAUGUGGUACUGUUGAAAGAUCCCGCUGAGCAUCGGAACAACUGGCCAACUGGUAUUAUCGACCGCGUAUUUCCAAGUGACGAUGGAAUCGUGAGAAAAGUUGUUGUGCGAACUAUUCGAGCAGGAAAACCAACAUUUUACAUUCGACCAAUUCAUGAUCUCGUGUUGCUAAUAGAAAGUGAACUGUAACUUAUGGACUGUAACUUAUGGACUGUGAAUAAUGGACUGUUAACAAUGAAUUUGUAAACAUUGACUUGUAUUAUGAUUCAUGUAUCAAGUGAUCACGAGAUGUAUUGUUUAUCAACUAGUUUAUCACAAUUUUGAAAUGUUUUGUGCAUGCAUAUGAGUAGUGGCAUCUCAAAGAUGCCAGGCGGGGAGUGUAGUGGAACCAAGAGUUCUCUUUCUUGAUCUUGUAUUAUACAGUCUGAGAGUUAUUCCUCUUUAUGUGGAACUCUUCUAUGUUCAGUUUUUCACGCUGUGUACGUGCGGUCCCGCCGCAGUGCUACACAUUUUCAUUACCAACAUAUUCCAUGUUUCAUCCUUGUCCCCUCAAAUUGUAAGUAUCAUAUGCAUUUAGAUAUAUGAAAUAUUCAUUUUAUUUGUUGUUUUUGCCAUGACAUGUUUAUAAAGCAAACAUAAGCACCCUCGUAAUGACUGUUACUGUAGUAGGUUGUAGGCGCCAUAUUUUCUCGUGUUUACAUUUGUUGAUGUUAAACAUAUAAGGAUACCUUCAUCAUUUAUAUGAUUUACUGGUCAUUAAUAAGUACACAGCACACCUAUAAAGUGUGAAUUCUAUAUUUAUAUUUUUCAAUUAAAUUAUUUUCCCUUUUUUACCUACAUUCCAUAAUUUCCCUCGGGCUACUGUUUCAAUACUGGGUGCACAUUUUGGAA